AGUAUAUAGUGAGACAGUGAGAACAACAGUUGGUUGUGGAUCAUGUCCUCAACUUCGUUUUUGGUGAGUUUCUUCUUGAGUUUUGGUGUCUUUUCUCCUAUAGCGCGCGUGUACAAAUCCGUGAACGUGGGUUCGUCUUUCAUGAAGAUUGUACCGGCGACUUUUGUGGAUAAUUGUAGCUAUUGCUGGGUGAAUAAUGGUGAUUUGUGUGAUGUUACAUGUACUAUUUUAAGGAUUAAAUCAACUAUGAUUAUCCCGUAAUGUUCUUGCUAACAUGAAAACAAGAUGACGACUGAAACGCUUGAUUAUUUGAGAAAGAUCUGAUUGAGCCUACUGCGACUGAGAAGAAGUUUGACGUCUCCACAGUCUCCGAGCUUUUAAGUACCUGCUGCCAGGUCUCCAUGUUGACCGUGUUGGUAUUCAUAUCCGCGACGUGGGGUCAAUCAAUCUUGAGGAGCCGAUUUCCACCCGUUCUCAAAAUCUUCAGCUCGAUAUAGAAGCUUAUGACCUCUUAGCCAAUAGCCUUAGAGGUUUACUUCGCCAUUUAUACCUACAUGGUUGAGGAUAAUACUGGCAACCUCAUAUAUCUGUCGCCGUGCCGGCUUUUGUCACUCAAGUCUUUAUGGACGAGCUUAAAAGCAUGGAUGUUGAUGUUGUCACUGUCCGUGGCAGCAUCGAUAGGUUCGAUCAUGUCCCUAGUAAUGCUGCUGAAACGAAUACUCCCUUUAAAGGUAUCCUCGCAUUUACCGCCUUCAAGCCGGCGAGUAUUUUGCUAGGCUAACAGAGGAGCAGGUACUACAGCUUAGGGCCCAAGAUUACCAGGACCUUGAGCCUUCAUCACACCACUGCGGGCAUCAAACCUGCCUUUUUCUUGUUAAGCUCCAUGUUUUGAGUCAUCGAUCUCCCAGAAUAAGAUAACUACGCAUCCUAAAACAGCUUUCUCGUCACCUUCGUUUAAUACUGCAAUAAUCUUGAUCUCGCCUGCUCGUUAUCAACAUCUGUCCCCUUGCCACAUCAGUUUUCCAACAACAAGAGUUCACUCCAAAAGCCACCCUCAUCAGUUUCAGAACGCUGCUUGAACAAGAAAUGUCAGACUCAACUGCUCUAUCAACGAUGACCGAGAUUCCUGACCGCCCUAAAUCCUCCCAUAACAUUUUUCGUGUACCCCAAUAUCUUCAUUUUGUGUCUCGAGUUUACCAUUCCAAUCAUCAGCCCCGCUGACCACGCUGUUGCAGGAGAACCACCGCAUGGCAAUCUACCACAACAACAGCAGAUAUACUAUCAAAGCCGUCGACGUAUCAUCUAACCCGCUCAAAAUCCAUCACAAAUACUCAUACUAAUCCCACGACCCUAAUAACCAACUCCUAAAGCGACAAUCAAUCUAUGAUCUUACUUUGUCGGAGAUUGGCAAACACUUGUUUGUUUAAUCUUCUUCUCAAGGAUAAUAGAUAGAGACCCAACCACCAACUCAGUACCUGCGGAUGUGGGAUUUAAUCCCUAAAUACCAUGAAUUACGCGCAUGGUGGAAAUAAAAUAUUUGGUUCUGAUAUUGAGAUGUCUAAGGUGUAUGUAGCGCUGAGAAUAAUGAUUUUGACGGGGUU